AUGCAUCUCACCAAUCCGACGUGGGUUCAUCAUGAAGGUGGUGCUAUUUACUCCGUGGAUAUCCAUCCGACAAUGGAUAAGCUAGCAACCUGCGGUCAAGGAGAUGUUGGAGGAUGUGGUCUGGUGAUCAUAUGGAACCUUCGUCCAAUUCAAAGCGAGAGAGCUUACGCCGACACUGCUUGCCACAAAAUUCUGGCGAGGAUACAACAUCAAGCCGGAGUAAAUUGUGUACGUUGGUCACACGAUGGAGACCUAUUGGCAUGUGCAUCUGAUGACAAAGUAAUUACCAUUUAUGAAUACGGUGGCCGUGUGCAGUCGGCUGGCUCGAUUGGAAGCAAAUCGGUGGUAAAUGUGGAGAAAUACAGGUUAACACACACCCUACACACCCACUCGAUGGAGGUAUUGAGCGUUGAAUGGUCGAGUGACAGGCGCUAUCUGGCAUCGGCUUCAAUGGAUAAUACUGUAGUCGUAUGGAAUGCAAAGAAGUUACCGGAGAGGAUAGUGGUACUGGAUACAUCACGAGGUGGACACAAUGGCCCGGUGAAAGGACUCAGCUGGGAUCCAAUAGGGAAGUAUUUGGCCACACAAUCAGCUGAUAAGUCCCUUCGAUUAUGGACCACUGACAAUUGGCAGUGUGAUACGGUGAUUACGAAACCGUUCAGUCAGACCACAAUGUUCUCACGUCUCGAUUGGUCACCAGAUGGACAAUUUCUCUUUGCACCGUGCGCAAUGAACAAUCAGGGUCCUACCGCUCAAAUCAUCAUGCGCAAGGAUUGGGACACGGAACUUGAUUUGGUGGGCCAUCGACGAGUAACUUGCGUAGCAAUUGGAUCACGCGACAAAUCGCUCUCAGUGUGGGUUCUUCCACGAGUGAAACGUCCCGUUGUAGUAUUGCAACGUCUGUUUAAACAUUCCGUAACGGAUAUGUCAUGGCGUGGCACGGAUUUAGUAGUGUCAUCUCAGGACGGCUCCAUUAAAUACCUAUCAUUUCGAGAGAAAGAACUCGGCACUAUGUUAUCGCCACAAAAAAUGGGCAAUGUAUGCGAGUCGCUAUACAAGAUCCGACCAGCUCAAUACUGUAAUGUCUAUAUAGCGGAAGCAGCAGUGCCAAAAGAGACUCCUAGCAAGGCUGCGGAAUCGGCCACAUCAACGCAGCGUGCCGUCUCGAAAGCGUUGACGGAACAGAGGCAGCAACAGACGGAGGUGAGC